CACUUCGAGAGCACCACUACUCGCAGUAACAGCUGUGUGUGAGUGAGAGAUACGCGCCUAUUCUGAGCGCGUUGGAUUAGGAAGAAUGUGAAAAUUCUAGUAAUCCCCUCUUCAAACGAGGGCUUAAGAAGUUAUCCAUUGGCCAAUGGUUUUAUAGGAUGAUGCUGCUGCUGCUGCUGCUGCUUCUAAGUGUGUUGUGUCUCAGAGUCUCUCAGUGUUUCUCUGAUCUCUGUUUCCUACUGAGUAGUUGAAAGCAAAGAAAGUGACCAUUUGUAUUGUCUGGUAUCUGAGUAACUGAUGCAUGUAUAUGCCACACAUAGGUUUCUAAGUUGUGUAGUAGCUUGUAGCGUUUAUAGACCAUUAUGAGAAGAGGUAGAGGGAAAGGGAGGAAGCCGAGUGCAUCUGCUCGGGAAGAUCGUGGAAGCGGUGAAGAAGAGAAGAUCCCUGCUUACAGGAGAAGAGGAAGGCCACAGAAGCCGGUGAGAGAUGAUUUCGAAGAGGAGGAGGAAGAAGAGAUGGUAGAGAAGAUGGAACAAGAAGAAGAUAUUGAUGAUACUAAUGAAAGCUCAGUAACAAGCAAAAAACCAGAGAACGAGAGGAAGAGGAAAAUAUCUAAUACAGAUCACAAUGCGGAUUUAAAAGAAGAAGAGACCGAGUUAGGAUCCAAAUCAAGCAUGGAUGGUUCCACUAAAUCGAUAUCUGUUGGGUUUAGGCAGAAUGGAAGCAGGAGGAAGAGCAAGCCGAGACGAGCUGCUGAAGCUGUUGUGGAAUGUAAUGGAGUUUGAAGAACUAAAAUGAAACAGGAUGAUGACAAGUUAACCUGAGGAGGCCUCUUCUUUUUGGCUUUUAUUACCUUUUUUUUGUUGCAAUUUGAUAACUUUGGAUAUCUUUUGGUGUUUAUAUGAUUCAUGAAUCAUUGGCAUCAUCAAUUUGCAUAGCCUUUUCUUGUGUCUCA